CCCCUUGUUUCCUUCUUAUCUCUCUGGCUUUCUCUCGCCUCCUGUCUAUAAAGAGGAGGCUGCACCGAAAACCAGUUCUUUCACACUUCAACUAUGAACCUGACUGCUCCUCUACUCCUGCUUCUCACUGCCUGUGUGGCCAGCAGUGCACGGCUCCCAAAGGCCUUAUGGCAGUUUGGAAAAAUGGUCGAGUGUGCCCAACCUGACGUCAAUCCUUUCAUCUACAAUAAUUACGGAUGCUGGUGUGGCUUCGGAGGAACAGGAACCCCUGUGGAUGAAGUGGACAUGUGCUGUAAAGUCCAUGAUAAAUGUUAUGAGAAGGCCAGAAAGACUCCUGGAUGCACAGCCAUCGCUGACCUCCCCUAUGUUCUGGUUUACGAUCACACCUGCUCCGGUCAGGAGGUGACCUGUUCAGCGACCAACAAUAAGUGCCAGGCCGCCGUGUGCGAGUGCGAUCGCGUAGCGGCUCACUGCUUCGCUCAGACCACGUACAACCCUGAAAACAAGAACCUGGAUCCCAAAGUCCACUGUGUCAACUGAGUUACACAACCAGCAAGAAAAAGAACAUCAACA